AGGGAAAAAGGAGAAAACAGAGAAAACGUUACAUCUCGGAAUCUGAACGAAACCGUUGACGUUUACAGUGCUAAAUUAGUGAUUUUUUUAGUCAAAAUUAUCCUCUGCUGGCUACGUGUACCAGCAGAAUAAAAGAUUUUGCUGAGCCACAACGCUAGGUAAUAUGACUACCUGUGACAGUGGUCAAGGCUCCGAUGAGUUGCUCUGCACUCCUCGUCGAGCCAAGCGUAUUUUUGGAACUGGUGGAAGUUCCACUAAACGCAGCCUCUUCCAGCAAGCCGAUCUUCAAAACCAAAUGGACACAAAUUCAGGCGAUGAGUCCGACCUGGGUCCAAUGUCACCACUCGCUCUCACCGAUCGUAGUCCCAGCAGCAUCUACUCUUCACCAGGUCGCCAAUUCCUCUCUCCUCUAGCCUCACCGGAAGGUUCCCCGCAAAUUCCACUCAUGAAUCUCACCUGGGAUCGUCUAAAGCCAUCUGGAAGCGCCGAAAAACGUCUCUCUCCAUUUAGCACUCUAAGACACGUUACCAAAACCGCUCGUUCUUCCCCUCGGCGAAAAAUCUUCCCAGACUCUCCAAAAUCUUCGACUCGAUCUCCAAAAUCUUCGACUCGAUCUCCAGCCACAGCUCUUUCGGAAAAUCUCGCAGACACUCCAAUUCGCACCAUCAGCAGAUAUUCCCAGGAACUUAUCCUGGAAACGCCUCUCCGAGAUUCCAUGACAGAUCUUCAGAAUGAAAACACGAUCGCAGAGACGCCCCAGAAGGAAGAGAGCCCCGAGGUGAAACAGAUCACACCUUUAGGAUCUGUGAACAAAGACGCCUCACUUCCUCGUCUCCAUCGGCGAAAAACUCUCGGGGCUUUCGAUGUCGACGAGAUCUCCCCGGGGAAGAAAGGAAAUUCCCUGAAAAGGCACAUUAACGAUCCAAUCGUCGUGUUGACGAAAUUACAGAAAACGGAAGAGUCCUCCACCAUUCCGAAAGCGAGAGCCGCUCUCUUUCAGGACAAGAGCGAGAACAAUAAGAAUGUCACUCUCGACACGAAAUCCUUUUACGGAAGUGGAAAGCAGCAGAGACUGAGUGCCUUCGGAGUCGACUGGAAGCAGAUUGAGCAGAGUAAAAAGAGACGCAGUCUUCCUGCUCACAAUGCAAAGUCUACGGUCAGACAAUCCCAGAAGCGACACAAAAAGGGCGAAAUCAACUGCGGCGUCUCGCACGGACUGAAGAAACCGAAGCCGAAGAAACACGUGUCGAGAGUUGAGGCUUUCAGAAAGGAAAAGCAAGCCUCUCCUCCUGCUCUCACAGCUAUUCUUGAAAUACCAGUUGAGUCCGAAUCUCAAAAGUCAGAAGAGUCUUCGAAGAUUUCAGAAACGAGGAAGAAAGCGAGAUCGCCCUCUCCCGAGAUUGACCCGACGAAGCGAUUCUUCAAGAGAAUUCGAGCCAAACCAGCCACGGUGACUGUCAGCGAUAAGAUCAAGUUGAACGUCUCGGAAGGAAAGUUCUCCCUCGAGCCGAAGAAAGUUCGUAAGAGCCAGAACAAGAAACCUAAACUCGAUUUUUCCCUGGACGCGACUGAUCUGAUUAUCGACGAACCCGAGUUUGAAUCCACAAAGGAUCGGGACGUCGCGAAGUUGAUCAAGGUUCUCGAAGAUGACUGGACUGAUGACGAGUACGAGCCAAUGGACACUUUGCAGAAUAGGGACAAGAAAAUUGCAAAUGUAGAGCAGGUUUAUCCAAGUUUCCAGGAUGUCAUGAUGUCCCCGGCGAGCGAAUUAAGCAAUAUGACUUCGGUUAUGAAUAUUGAAGACUCGGCGGCCCUACAGGAGGAUAAGAUUCCCUCGGAGACGGGAGAAGAAACUCAAACUGAAUGUAGCUUUUACCCUCUCUUCGAGAAAGGUUACUCCAGCAAUAGAGUCGCGAGUCCCAAGCAUCGGGGAGUGAAGCGAUCAGCAAACUGGCAAAUUUCAUCAAAAGCGGGUGGAGCUGAUGACCAGUAUCAAAUCGACUGUGGCCAGAAGAACUUUGGAGCCAACCAGUGCAACGAGUGCGGAAUUGUUUAUCAAGUUGGAGACGCCGAGGAUGAAAAUGCCCACUUGAAUUAUCACAAUAAUGUGAGAACUCUAAAGUUUCAGGGUUGGAAGAAUGAGAAAUUGGUGUGGGAUGAGGAGCACACGUCGAGCAGGAUUAUUCUGAUUGAACCGAGUGAUCCGAAGCAGCACUGGAAGAAGGUGGGGGAGAUUUUGAAUGUCGUGGAUACGGAUUUAGGUCUUGCGGAUAUGCAGUUGGCUUAUUAUGGAGACAAGAAUGUCUACUUGUAUGUGAGAGAUAAAAAUGUUUUGGGAGUUCUUGUUGCUGAGCCGGUGAAAGCAGCGCAUCGAAUGAUUCCGGAACUGGUGGAAUUGGAUUGUUGCAGCUCGGAAAGCACUCCUGUCAAGUGUGGCGUCAAUGUUGUCUGGACGGCGAUGAGUCACCGAAGACAGGGGAUUGCAAGGCAGCUCGUCGAUACGAUAAGGAGAUCCUACUAUUUCGGCUAUAUAAUGACAAUGGACGACAUUGCCUUUUCUACACCAACACCAAGCGGCAAGAUUUUCGCCGAAAAGUACACAAAAACCCGAAACUUCAAAGUGUACAACUAAGCACUAUUUUUUAGAUAGUUUUUAGACUAUUUUCUAUUUGCCUAUUAUUGACAUAUGCGUUUUAUCUUACUCUAAUUUCAAGUUUGUCGACUAGGCUUUCUACGACAGCUGCUUAGCUCUCUCUUUUUUUUAUUUAUAUAUUAAAAGCCAUAAAAAGAAACAAAAA